AUGAGCGACGCCACCAUGGAGAAGGGCGAUGAUUCUCUUAACCGCAUGAAGACUGCGGAGAGUGUCUUCCUGCCUAUCUCACGCGAGACCUUCGAGAAACUCUACCUGAGCCCCAAGCACCCAUCUGUUAAAGGGAGCCUCAGUAAAAAACUGGGAAAUCCCACACCUAUUUGUCUAAUGGGCUUCUUGCUUGCUUCAACGCCGAAUGCUUGCAUGCUUAUCGGAUGGAGAGGUGCGGGGGGGAACGGCAGUGCUCUUGUCCCAGCAUAUAUCUUCUUCGGCGGCAUUAUACAGCUUCUAGGCGCAAUUGGUGAAUGGAUUAUUGGAAACACCUUCGCCUGCGCGCUUUUCUUUACUUAUGGAACCUUCUGGCUCGUCCAAGGCGGCGGCCUAAUGCCAUUCUUCGCCACUGGAUUGAACUACUCACCGACCGGUAAUUCCUUUGAAGGACAGAAGACACCAGCCUACCACGCGACUCUUGGCUUCUACUUCAUCUCCCUCGGCCUCUUAACAUGCAUAUACCUAAUCUGCUCACUGCGCACAAAUAUAUGCUUAUUUUCCGCUCUGUUUCUACUUAUUAUCACAUUCUCGCUUAUUGCCGGGUCCUACUUCCAACUCGCGAAUGGGUCGAUAGAGCUAGCUGAGAAGUUGCAAGUGGCGGCUGGUGCAUUUAAUUUUGCCUUGUGUUGGCCUAUCUGGUAUAUCUUCCUAACGCAAGUGCUGGAGGCGGUUGAUUUCCCUAUUCACCUGCCUGUUGGGGAUCUGAGCAUUGUUAUCAAGGGACGGAGUCAGAGGGGGGGAAUGACCAGUGCAGUGUGA